AUUAUGGACCCUGGUGAAGUGCCGCUUGAUGAGCAAUGUGAAAGACUACUCUAUGACUCAGCAAAAUGGGAGUUUCCAAGAGAUCGCCUCAAAUUAGGGAAACCCCUUGGUCGUGGGGCUUUUGGGCAAGUUGUGGAAGCUGAUGCCUUUGGAAUCGAUACAACUGGCACUUGCAAAACUGUUGCAGUGAAAAUGCUGAAAGAGGGAGCAACUGAUAGUGAAUACAGAGCAUUGAUGUCAGAAUUAAAAAUCCUCAGUCACAUUGGUCAUCAUCUGAAUGUUGUGAACUUGCUUGGGGCCUGCACUAAACUA